UAUGUGCAGUGUGCGAAGCAGCCACAGGCGACUGCACAUUUUGUUGUAGUAUGACUUUAGCGCAUUUUGAAAUGAGGCCGAAUCUAUUCUAAGCUAUAUUUGGCCGCAGUUAGGUUUCUGUAUUACAUUUUUCUGACGUAUUUGAUUAAGGGCUGCCAUAUUGAGACUCCCACGGCAGUAUUGCCAUUGACAGGAUAAUGUUCUGGGAUAUUUCUUGAUACUGUUUACAUACCAACUGUUAGUAGUAUGGAGGGUGUACGUUGGGCGUUUCGUUGUGGGUCGUGGUCCCCGACUCGUGCCGAGUGGUUGCUUGCUGCUCGGUGCGUGCAGCGUGAGGAGAAGGAGCGGAUUGGACAGUUUGUGUUUGCCAAAGAUGCCAAGUCAGCCAUGGCUGGGAGACUUCUGAUACGUAAACUCGUGUCUGAGAAGAUGGGGAUAGUCUGGGAUCAAAUCCAGUUGGAGAGGACUGCCAGAGGGAAGCCAAUUGUGGCCAACCCCAUAGCUGAUGCUGGACAGCCGAGGUGGAGCUUCAACGUGUCCCACCAGGGAGACUAUGCUGUGUUGGCUGCAGAGCCUGGCCUGCAUGUUGGAGCAGAUGUAAUGAAGACCACCGCACCAGGCACCGGAUCCAUCCCAGAAUUUUUCCGGCUCAUGACGCGGCAGUUCACGGAGCACGAGUGGAAGACCAUCAGGGCCAGGGGGGCGGAAUGGGAGCAGCUCCACAUGUUCUACCGACACUGGGCUCUGAAGGAGAGCUUCAUCAAAGCCAUCGGGACAGGCCUGGGGUUCGACCUGCAACGGGUGGAGUUCCACAUAUCACCCGUGCAAAUCCUGGAGGGACAGGUGAACACGGAGACCAGAAUGCACCUGGAUGGGGAGGAAGAGGAAGACUGGACAUUUGAGGAGUGCCCGCUGGACCAGCACCAUCAUGUGGCGGUGGCCCUGGGUGGCAGAGGACCGGCGGGCGAAAGGGAGCACCGGCAGCCUCGCCUCCCUGCCUCCGUGCCUCUUAAGUUCACCGUGUUGAGCUUCAGUGAGCUGGUCUCUGGGGCCCUGCCUCUCUCUGAAGAGGACCCGGCCUACUGGGAGAGCUUCAAGAAGAAACAGGAGGCGCCCAAACGCCAAAGGGACCAGCCCUGACCCCUGACCCCUCUCCCCCGAGGGGCCAGGUUCGCUACAAAGACCCAGGAGGAGAGAGGUAGCAUUUGGCUGGUUAAUUGAAGAGCCAUUGCCUUCCCUGCUUCUCUUGUGGCCUUUUGCGUUCAGUGAAAGUAGGACACGCUCUACAGCUGCUGUGGGGGGGGGGUGCAGCUGGAAGUUCCAUGGCCUACAGGUGCCCCGAGUGACCAAAAAGGACUGUCUGGGAUGGCUCUGUCCUAGUUUCUGAACUUGAAGGAAACACUAAUUUCUCAACUGUUGAUGUGUUUUGUAGACACUUUGGGGGGAAAAUGCCAGUGUAGCCGCAAAAACCCAAAUGGCAUCGAGUCUGUUUCACUUUUUCUGUGCCGAUUUUACCCCUUUUCCUGACCGGGCACCUAAUGUUUCUGAAUGCCAAGCACCCAUGAGGAGGAGAGGACGUCAUUGCAAAGGAGAUUGGAAAUGAUGAUAUAAUUGACAGAAGAGUGGUCCUUGCUGAAAAUGAAGAUGAGUGAUGAAGAGGAGUGCGCCGAAAUGAACUCUUAUUGCUUAGACUGGGCCAGUGAAAGAGCCCUCGACGCCGGAGAUCCAGUGGUUUUAUGGAUACACGCCGAUUAAUGGCAGUUCGUUUUUGCUCCUGUCGGCCUAAGAGGUUUCUGUUUAUGAGCUCAUGUUUUCGUUCCGUGGCUUUUCAUGUGGCUGUCGCGGUGAAAAGCUCAGCUUGUCAAUUUUUUUCACGCUGCCAUCUCUAACCCGUCUGCUUACUGUGUGCCGUCUCUGAUGUCUCUCUCUCUCUCUCUCUCUCUCUCUCUCUCUCUCUUCCUUCUUUCUCUCUCAUGCCUUUCUUACACUCCAUCUGCCACACAGUCUAUUUUUGUCGGGAGACAUUUAGUGUGCCAUUAGGGGCUUGAGUUUCGAGGGGAAGCCAUUGCUUUUAACAAACUGAGGCUGUGCUCUUGCACUUUCCCCCUCACCCUGAUGGCCUUUCCCCUGCUCUCCUCUCUACUCAUGUGUGUGUGUGUGUGUCUCUGUGUGUGUGUGUGUGUGUGUGUGUGUGUGUGUGUGUGUGUGUGUGUGUGUGUGUGGAGUUGUGUUUUUGCUACCUGGUUGUCUAGGCUAACGUUACUGUUAGAGGAGCUGAAAAAUACUCUGCUGUAAUCGUGAGUGGGUGAGAGAGAGAGGCGCUGCACACAUAGGCCUGAGUCAGACUGUGUGUCACUGAGAGCCCUUUAGUGGGGGUAGAGCGCCGAUAUCCUCUGACUACACAACAAGGCCACCAUCUCACCAAGCAGCCUCUACCUCUCACCCUGACAGGCACACACACACACACACACACACACACACACACACACACACACACACACACACAGUUAAAUACACAAACAUGCAUACUACACAUAACAACACCAACAUAAUGGCUAUAUACAAACAUGCAAACACACAUUACAGACAGACACUAACACACACACACACACACACACACACAUACACACAUAUGCUCAAUUGUACACACACACACACACCAAACUUGCAUGCCAUGUUUACCCCCAGAUGUCUCUCUCCCCGCCUCUCUCCUGACCCCCAUCUUUCAUUACCUGCUCACCCCAGGGGCAGAGGGAAAGCACAGUUCUGGCCCACGGCUCCCAGAGCUCAGCUGGCAGAGCAUAAUGCAAACACACACACACACACACACACCAACACACUCAGCUGGCAGAGCAUGAUGCUACAAACACCAAGGUCAAGGGCUCAGGUUUCAGGAUUCAGGAUUCAGGACAGACACAUUUACUGGUCAAAUGUAAUAUAUCUGUCCUGGACAUCACUGGAUAAACGCAUGCAUAAAAGUAACCACCUAUCGUUAUUUCUGUAAAUCCAACAUUAGCAUUCACGUGUUAUUCCAGGGGGCAGUGCGACAAUACCAUAAAAAGUUCAGAUUUGGGGUAGGCAUUAGGUAAUGGCAAUUAACUGACUAUGCAGUGUUUGUUCUUCUAAUGUUUCCAAGAAAUGUUGUCUGUCAGUUUUUUCCGGAUAUCACAAGCCUUAGAUAAACAGGGAACAGGGAGGAAAGCCUAAACUGAAUUCUGAAGUUGUUCAUCGUGAGAUUAGGAUAUUCCCGAGCCUAUACAGCUAUGCAGCUUCCGAAUGCUUUCCGAAAAGUAUAGGCUCGGGAAUAUCCUAAUCUCACAAUGAACAACUUCAGAAUUCAGUUUUGAGAUGAAAGGAGAGGAGUGUAAUUUGUGCAUACACCAACAAGUUGCCAGCUGAUCUAGCGAGGUUGUUUAUGCAAGUCAUUUCCUGCUAAAAACAUCACUUAUGUUGUGGCUUUUCAUGCCUCCCCCCACCGCCCCCUUAAAUGCUGCACUGCCUUUUAUACCCUGAACUGCCUUCUGGCCCUCUUCAAUCUACUGCCCAUUUCUAAAAGAGUGAGGGAGAGAGGCAAACGAAAUGAGACAUUUUUUUUCCCACUGCAUUGUUUGAGCAGACUCCCUUAAAGGCAACAUAUAGCGGGGAAUGCCUCUCUGCAAUCACAAGUGUGGCCCAGAAGUGUUUGAAGGGCCCACAUUAUGGCUCGCAUAUAGCAGUUAACCUGCUGUGCAAAACAACACAGUGAUUUCGCAGCGCCGUUGGUUUUGUUUCCCCCCUGUUUUCCGCUCGACUGUGGUGCAGUGAUAGGGCAUGCCUCAUUUUCCUCUGCGCUGCACGGCCCCCUGUUUAUGAAUUCUGCAGCUGUGUUGUCCUGCAUCUGUUUCGCAUACUGCUGUAAGAUAACCCUUUGCCUCAGGGCACAGACCAAAACAAGCAGCAUGGCUAUUUAAAACACUGGAGCUGGUAGAUGUAUGCAAAACAUGAGAACAGAAAAAAUUGUAUCUUGGCUGUAUUGUGUCAUUUCUCUCUCGGAUACCCGGCAACCACUAAAAUGUCUGUUCUUUUUUUUGUUGUAUUGGAUUACUGCUCUAUUGUCUCUGCUUGUGUGUGGAACUCAUGUGUGAAAAUGUCAAGAAGUACCAAAGAUUAAAAGAGAAUGGCCUUUUCAAACCCC